AUGAAGUCACUCGCUAUCUUGGCACUCCUGCCUCUUGCUCUGGCAGCUCCUGUCGCAGCACCAGAGCCCGAGGCUGCUCCAGAGCCAGCUCCCGGCUAUGGCUCUUAUGCGCCGUACUCUGGCUAUGGCACCUACCCAAAGCAAGCAUCAUAUCCAAGCUACGGAAAGUACCAGAAACGUGAAGCCGAGGCUGCACCAGCGCCAGCUCCUGGCUACGGCUCUUACGCUCCAUACUCCGGCUACGGCACCUACCCCAAGCAAGCGUCAUACCCAAGCUAUGGAAAGUACCAGAAGCGUGAAGCUGAAGCUGCACCUGCACCUGGCUAUGGCUCCUAUGCCCCAUACAGUGGCUACGGUAGCUACCCGAAGCAGGCAUCGUACCCAUCUUACGGAGAGUAUCAACGACGCGAGGCUGAGCCGGAGCCAAUGCCGGAGCCGGAGCCGGAGCCGGAGCCAGAGCCAGGCUACGGAUCCUAUGCCCCGUACAGCGGGUACGGCUCCUACCCCAAGCAGGCAUCCUACCCGUCGUACGGCAAAUACGGCAACACACGUCGUGAGGCUGCUCCCGCCAACUAUGCACCAUACUCAACCUAUGGAACCUAUCCCAAGCAGCCCAGCUACUCACCAUACUCAAACUACGGCAAGUACCCUCGCGAGGCUGAGCCGGAGCCAAUGCCGGAGCCGGAGCCAGCACCAGAGGCCAUGCCGGAGCCCGCUCCGGAGGCGGAGGCUGCUCCUGAGGCUGCUGCUGAGGAGUAA